CGUCAACGAGCCAUCUUUGUUCCCCUAAUCCGAGCAUCUAUUUUUUGUGUACAUAGUGACAGAAGCGAGUAGCGGUAGGGCGCCCUUAUUAUAAAAAGGAAUAAUAGCGAGGCGCGGCACACCGGUGGAAAUAAAUACAUACAAACCGUAACAAAUAUACAAGGAAUACCUCUUUACUGGAAUAACCUGGAGAGUGCAUUAUUUAUCCGGGAGACGGGGAGAAACGCCUGAAGCAGCGCGUUCAUCCACACUUCUUCUAGACGCACAUAAAACCCGGUUAAAAUGUCUGCUCCAGCCCCUGCCGGUGCUCCAGAAGGAGCCAACGCUCCUCCUAACCUCACCAGCAACCGUCGCUUACAGCAGACACAGGCUCAGGUGGAUGAGGUGGUGGACAUUAUGCGUGUGAACGUGGACAAGGUUCUGGAGAGGGACCAGAAGCUGUCAGAACUGGAUGAUCGGGCUGAUGCCCUGCAGGCUGGAGCCUCGCAGUUCGAGACCAGCGCCGCCAAGCUCAAGAAUAAAUACUGGUGGAAGAAUGCCAAGAUGAUGAUUAUCCUGGGGGUGAUAUGUGUGAUUGUCCUCAUUAUAAUCAUUGUGUACUUCAGCACCUAAAAGCGCAAUGUUCCUACCCCACUCUGAGCUCAUGAACGCCCAAUUCCAAGCCACAGAGAAAUCCCUCCCAAAAAAGAUGAGAAAAAAAUGACUUCUCACAACAAUGAAAUUAUUUGCCCUCAAAGAGCCUAAAUCAGCCCCUUCCCGAGCCCUUCCCGUGCCUCACAGCUGGGCCCCUGUCACUCCUCGUUUGUCCUGUCAGUGAGUGUGUGGCCAUGUAUCCUCUGUAAAUACCUCCGGCUUUUCUGAAAUACUGUUCAUACUCAAAACUCCUGAUUACUUGUGGCAACGACAACCGAUAAAAAAAGAAAUCACGACCCUUAAAAUACGAUAAGAUUAUACAGUAUAUAUUACAAAUGUUCUUUGUAGAGUUUUAUUCUGAUAUAAUGGGUUUUUGUAGUUUGUGUGUGAGUGUGCAUUUGUAUAUUUUUUUAAGUUUUGUAAGACUUAUUUUGCUUCAGGUUUAAACUACUGCCUCUUAAUCUGGAUGUUUGUAUCUUGCACGCUCUAUUUCACUAUUUCUUGUGUGUAUUGGUGUAUUUUUGCACAAGCUAUGGACUCUCUUAACCAAGGUACUAAAUCAAUAUCCCCAAUUUUUUCCUAAAUCACAUCCACUCUAUCUCAGACCUACACGUUGCCCCCUCAACCCCCUUUCUUUCUUACCAACAGUACCUACUCUAUUAGUGAACUGCCACAACAGACUGGACCAAUGACUGUAGAUGUUUAUCUUAAGUUGAUGUCUUUAGUGUCUUAUCUCUUAAACAUUCCUUAAUAGCAGUGUAGAAUUAUGCUGUCUAUCAAACAGAGUAAGUGUAUUUAUCUUAAAGAAUUCCAAAACAGGUCUUAAACAACCUCAAGUAUUUGUGAGUCAAACUAUGUUUGGUCGUAAUUAAUUGCACAAAAAAAUCACAUGGUUCAAUUGCGCUGUAAGUGACAUGAAACAAAACGAAAUCAGGACCCGAUUCAUUCUGCUGGUAAAGAUUUUCAAGGCCAGAGAGUCUCCAUACAAAGUGUGGGGGUGGGACUGACCGAAAAGGGGAAAUAGUAUCAUGCACAAAAAGCUUGUUUUCGAUGUCGCUUUUUAACUGGUCAGACUGUGAGAGAACCAUGCGCUGUGUUACUUCCUCGCGGCAGAACUACUGCCAAACCGAUGCACGAGUUCAUCCGUCUGAAAGCACACAGGUUGAUCUUACUACUUCAACGUGAGCUAGUUUCAACAGCCGUGGUUCUCUCUCUUAAAUCUAGAUACUGCCUUUUUAUUUAGUCUUUCUUUUGAAUUAUAGUAAUAGAUUUGUAAAUUAUAUUUUUGUGUGUGAAGCAGGCAGGAAAGGGACCACGUCGUUUCAGGACUUGACACUGCUGCCGUGUGCACACGGAGCACUUGUGUCCCUCGCUAUUGUCCACCUUUCUGUGUGCCUGUUUGUUGAGUUCAGCUGUAGUUUACACACUGCCAAGCACCUGAGGGGACGCUUUUUUUCUUUGUGUGCUUUUGUUUUUUCACCGUGCCCUUCUCGGUUUGCUCUCGCGCACAUAUAGGCCUACGCCUCCAUCAGCAUCACCCUUCAGUCUCAUCCGCCCUAUCUGUCGACAAGAAGCAAGCCAGGCGUGAAGUGUGCGUCUGCACGUGAACACCCCCACCUUACUCGUUUCUCAGUUAACGGCAUUAGCUUUCCUCCUUUCACACUUUGAUUCUGCCUCUAGCUGCCCGUCGCUGUAAAUAGAUUUUGUAUGUAGAGUAUUUCGGCUUCAUCCUGAGAGAUUAGGCUGCUUAGACCUCUGCAGGUAAAGAAAGGCUGUUCACAUGGCAACCUGGGGGGAGGGCAUAGAUUAGCAGAUUGAUUGUGACAGGGGGCGGAGCCACUGGUUUGAGGGGGUGGGGCUAGAGGGAUGAUUCCAUUGGUGUGUUUAUGGAAAAGCCUGAUGAUUAGAGCUGAAUUAAAGAGAGAGUUCGCCCAAAUAUUAAAAUUCUGUCAUUAUUAAACUGUAUACGUUUCUUUGUUCUGUUGAACACAAAGGAAGAUAUUUUGAAAAAAAGUUUGUAACCAGGCCGCUUUGGGGCACCAUUGCCUUCCAAAGUAGGAAAAAAAUAUAUGAUGGAAGUCAGUGGUGACCCAGAACUGUUCAGUUUCCCUAAUAAUUCUUUAAAAUAUUGUAUUUUGUGUUCAACAGAACAAGUAAAUGUAUACAGGUUUGGAACAACAUGGGGGUGACUAAUUGAUGACAGAAUUUUCAUUUUGCGGGUAUAUCCCUAAACUAUCCCUUUACUCGUAAUAUUUACUUUUUAUGGUUUCUGAACAAACAAACGGUUUGUUUCAUUUUCAUUUCAUUCAUUUUUCUUCUUUAAAAGGAGAUAGCCUUAGUUCAUUUCAUUUUCUUUCAUCUUUCCAUGCUCAUUCACUCUUAUGUGCACUCGCGUCGAGCUAUAUUAAUGAAAAAUGACCAAAGACCAUAUUAUUAUUAUUAUAUCUCGCUUAUACUGCCAACUGUCAUCAAAAACAGGUUAAGAGACAACAUUUCCCCAGAUCUCUGGUUUUUAAAAGCCUCAUCCAGCAAAAGUUCAAGAAAUCCCCUAUCGCUCAGCAUAGUUUUCAGGUCUAUGUUUAUUUUACUUGAAUAUUUAGAUUGCUAACAAGAUAAGGAUUUUGAAACCACGAUCUGACUGACAAAUCACAGGCCUGAUAUCUGAAACAAUGAUAGCACAACUUCUCCUUUAGGUCUGUAUGUGUAAUGCUGAGUAUUAAAAAUGAAACUAUUACUUUGUAGCUGUUUAAGAAGAAAAAAGCAAAAAAAAAAACAAAUCUGUAUUGUUUUGUGUUGUAGUGUGGGCUUCAUCUGGGAAGGGGGUCCUUUUUUUAGACUUCACAUUUAAGGAAUAAACAAUCAGUUGGAAGUUAGAAUAAGAUGUUAAUAAUAUAGAGUCUCUAUAUUAUAUUAGGCAAAUAUAAAGAUUUUUCUCCCAGGGGUCAUAAACAUUUUAAAGGGAUCUGUAACUAAUAAACUACACACAUUGGGGUAGGACUUAAACAUGACAAAUUAAUCAAAGGAUUCUAAUAGGGGACUACUACAAAUAAUGUAUGUGCUAUACUGUUUUUCUUUGUGAGUGUGUGAAGACAUUUUCUUUUGUCUUGGCACUUACUGUGUGUUUUGUUUAAAACCGUGUGGAUUGAGAGGGAUGGUGGGAGUAGUUUUGUCACGCCAGCCUGUUAAAGAUACUGCUUCUUCUUUAUUGGGAGGGAACCAAUGAAGACGCAGAGCUUUACCGGACAGGGAUUUCUCCAUUCCUCAUAUCGUACAGUUGUUUAGUCUUCAGUUGUUUACUUUAUUUUAAACAUAAAUUAGUUAAGGCUUCACAAAGGGCUGUUUAGCACAGCUUCAUUGUGAUUAGUCAUUAUUUUUUUCUAGAAUUUAAUUUUAAAUAUAAGAACAGUGACCUAAGACAUCCGAGUAGGCUAAUUCUGGAAAUUGAACCCUGCCUUAUUAUAGGUUAGCAUGUCAAGAGUUUUUCAGAAAGCUUGUACAGAGUGAAAUAUCAACUUUAAUCGGUUGCUAUGAGUUCAGAGAUGUUUUAAAUGAAAAGUUAUGGAGUUUUACAAGAGUUCAAAUCAUUUUCGAAGGUUUUUGGGACUGAAAAAAAAAGAGUAUAAAGAAGCAAAAUUCAAGGGGGGCGGUUCCAUAUAGCUUUGUGGAGGUCAAGAAAUGCAUCGAACCAAGUUGCUGUAUUGAUAACAAUUCAUUUGUUUAUUUAUUUGAUUUAUGGAGUUUUUUUUUGGGGGGGGGGGGGGGGAAUUACCCCUUUUUGUCUGGCCUUUUUGGAGGGACUAGGCUGGAGGAUAAUGGGUAAUACGAUCUUCACAAUCUGACUUUAUGUUGUUGUUAUUUUAUUUAAUUUUGUAUUUAUUUGUGUCAUAAGUUAUAGUGGACUGCAUUAAACGGAACGAAGUACAUUGUAACAGGAAACCAUUUGGUGACCAGACAUACAUGAAUUCAAUUGUAGAGUAAAUCUGUCAAUGUCUAUUAUAUGGAUGAACAUCUUGGGAAAAUAUAUAUAUAAACAUACAUAUAUAUAUAUUGCAAAAAAAA